UUUUUCUAUUUGCACAAUCUCUUGCCCCUCCUCUCUAGGUAUACAUACGACUGUCCCUCUGGGUUUCAGAAAACUGAUAGGCAGAGGUUUUCUUUAAUGAUAAAUAAGUACGGGUAAUUUUAACACAAGCAUGAAGUUAUGCGUUCUAAGCCUCAUUGGAAUUUUCACUGGGCGUAGAGUUAUAUUCUUAUAAAUCAAGUCCUAAAUGCCGUGCUCUUAAACAGAGAAUCGAAUUUCCGUCUUUUUCUUACGCCUUGCCUGUCAUUGGAUACCAUUAUUUGUACCCCGCCAAAGUGAACCCUUUUCCCCCCAGUUGCGUGGAGAUCAAUGAGUUGCUACUGACUGGCCUGCCCAAAAGUAAUCCGACUCCAACUGUUUCUUUCUCUCUCUUAUCAGAUCGAAACCUUGACGCAUCCAUCUCACCACCACCACCACCACCACCAAAAUGUCUACCAUCACAGAAAUUAACAGCAUCCCCGAGUGGGAGCAGCUGCUCAGUUCUGUCCCUUCCACUACCCUCGUCGUCGCAUCGUUCCAUGCGCCGUGGGCCGCACCAUGCGCGCAAAUGGCUACCGUCCUGUCGACCCUCGCUUCCGAAUACCCAGUCACCGAACCUCCCACCACAAAGUGGGUUUCCAUCAACGCAGAGGAUCUGAGCGACCUCAGCGAGACAUACGAUGUCACUGCUGUUCCUUUCCUUGUCCUUUUGAGGAACGGCCAAGUUGUCGAGACUGUGAGUGGCAGUAGUGCCGUAAAGGUGCGCACGGCGAUCGAAACACAGGCAAAGCAAUCUGGUCAGAAUGCAGAGGCAGGCGCACCCAACGGUAUCGAUACCAACGAUGCCGAAGCCGAGGAGCAAGAUCCCGAGAAGAAGAAGGAGGAACUCUUCAAGCGUCUUGGAGACCUCGUGAAGGCUGCUCCCGUCAUGCUCUUUAUGAAGGGUACACCCAGCUCUCCUCAAUGCGGCUUCUCCAGACAAAUGGUUGGACUACUACGAGACAACUCGGUCAAGUAUGGUUUCUUCAACAUCCUCGCCGACGACGAAGUCAGACAGGGGCUCAAGGAAUUUGCGGAUUGGCCAACAUACCCGCAGCUUUGGAUCGAUGGCGAGCUUGUUGGUGGAUUAGAUAUUGUAAGCUGCAUUCAUAUUUUUGCUUUGACUAAUGCUGACAAAUUCAUAGGUCAAGGAGGAAAUGGCCAAUGACGCCGAGUUCCUGACCAAGUACAGCGUGAGCGCUCCCGCAGCUGUUUGAGGCGGAAUACAUGCGUUACGAAACUUACGAUGCACUUAUGUUUAUAAGGC